AUGUCUCAAAUCUUUAGUUUUGCUGGUGAAAAUGAUUUUUACCGUCGUGCCACAGUAUACCCAAAUCCGAAAGAAGCUAAUCUUUUGCUAUCUCUCGGUAGUCUCGUUGAUUGCUAUUACCCUCCUUGCAAGAGAUCCCGUGUCGUCGCACCAUUGUCCUUCAGUGCUUUCGAGGAAAAGAGGAGUGCCUCCAUUGAUGUGCUUCCAGAGGAGUGUCUCUUUGAGAUCUUCAGGCGUUUAUCUGGACCGCAAGAGAGGAGCGCUUGCGCUUCUGUAUCGAAACAAUGGCUUAUGCUUGUAACUAGCAUCAGGCAAAAGGAGAUUGAUGUUGUUGUUGCUGCUCCCAACGUUAAUGAAGAUGGUGAUGAUUGUGAAGGAUGCUUAUCUAGAAGCUUAGAUGGGAAGAAGGCGACUGAUGUUAGACUAGCUUCCAUCGCCGUUGGAACAGCUGCUCGUGGAGGACUUGGAAAGCUUUCGAUUCGUGGAAGCGACUCUGCUAGCAAAGUUUCGGAUCUUGGUCUUAGGUCUAUUGGUCGGAGCUGCCCUGCUCUUGGAUCUCUUUCCCUGUGGAACCUCUCUACUGUUACUGACAAUGGCCUCUUGGAGAUUGCUGAAGGUUGUUCUCAGCUCGAGAAGCUUGAGCUUAACCGCUGCUCGACUAUCACAGAUAAAGGUUUGGUAGCGAUUGCUAAGAGCUGCCCUAACUUGACUGAGCUGACUUUGGAGGCUUGUUCAAGAAUCGGAGACGAAGGUCUCCAAGCCAUUGCAAGAUCUUGCUCAAAGCUGAAGUCUGUUUCGAUCAAGAACUGUCCUCUUGUCAGGGAUCAAGGAAUCGCUGCACUACUGUCUAACACUACCUAUUCCUUGGCCAAGCUUAAGCUUCAGUUGCUGAAUGUUACUGAUGUGUCUCUUGCUGUUGUGGGUCAUUACGGCUUGUCGGUUACCGAUCUUGUGCUCUCUGGACUGUCUCACGUGACCGAGAAGGGGUUUUGGGUGAUGGGAAAUGGCGUUGGGCUGCAAAAGUUGAACUCUUUAACCAUCACAGCUUGCCAGGGAGUGACUGACAUGGGGCUUCAAUCUGUGGGAAAAGGUUGCCCUAACAUGAAGAAGGCGAUGAUUGCCAAAUCCCCGUUGUUGUCCGAUAACGGUUUGGUCUCGUUUGCGAAAGCUUCUUUGUCAUUGGAGAGUCUUCAGCUUGAAGAGUGCCACAGGGUCACCCAAUUUGGGUUUUUUGGUUCCCUUUUGAACUGUGGUGCAAAGUUGAAGUCUUUCUCUGUGGUGAACUGUUUGGGCAUUAGAGAUCUCACCUCUGGUUUGCCUGCUUCGACUCUUUGCAGCGGUCUUCGUUCUCUGUCUGUUCGUAACUGCCCUGGCUUUGGUGAUGCAAAUCUUGCAGCCAUUGGGAAGCUUUGCCCUCAGCUUGAGGAUAUUGAGCUGUUGGGGCUCAAGGGAGUAACAGAGUCUGGGUUUCUACAUUUGCUUCAGAACACUCUUGUGAAGGUUAACUUCAGUGGCUGUACCAACUUGACAGACGGAGUGAUCUCUACCAUCUCUGCUCGUAACGGCUGGACUCUUGAAGUGUUAACCGUUGAUGGAUGUAGCAAGAUCUCUGAUGCCAGCCUUGUCUCCAUUGCGGAGAACUGCAACAUUCUCAGUGAUUUGGAUCUUUCGAAAUGUUCGAUCUCUGAUUCUGGUGUUCAAGCUUUGGCUUCCUCUGAGAAGCUGAAACUACAGAUCCUAUCCAUGGCUGGUUGCUCUAUGGUUACAGACAAGAGCUUGCCGUCCAUUGUCAGGUUAGGUUCGACUUUGUUGGGGUUGAACCUCCAGCAUUGUCGGUCCAUUUCGAACUCGACUGUCGACUUCUUAGUCGAGCGGCUUUACAAAUGCGACAUCCUCUCCUGA